AUGCAGUCCAAUCCACGGCCAGUUGGGGAGCCUCAUGCAGCAUGUGCACAUUCGGACGGAAGACAAAACAAACACAAUACAAGUACCGUCCUGUCUAGAGUCAUCCUUCUCAGUGUUUCGAACUGGUGCAGCGCUAAAGUCUCGCCCCUAAACAGCAUCAUAGAGAUGGGAGUCAGUUGGAACAGCCGUAGGAAACAUGUCUGGUCUGAUGUUUAUUUGUACGAUCGAGAGGAGCGGACAGCUGUGUUUAAUCAGCCCAUCCCAAUUUCUCAGGGGACAUCCUCUAUUCUCAGCAAGAUUGUGCCGUUCUGCUGA